AUGAGCACUAUUCCGCAACAGUUUUCUCAGAUUUAUGUAAACUACGAGACCGCUCUGUCCUCAGGAAAGUCAGGUUUCGAUUGCCUCCUUCAAGGUAUAUCGGACCGAAUGAAUGAAUUCUCCUCCUUGGAAGAGUUUUAUAAUUUUGGAGGCGAUGUCGUAGCUUUAUUUAAGCGAAUUAUGUCGAAUGAUGAGAACUAUAAUACAUACAUGAAAAGACUGAACGAUACACUACCGCAGCAUCAGCGUUGCCACACAGUGUUCGGCGAAAAAUGUGUGCUUUACCGUUGCAAUGACUGCUCGACAGGAGAGUCCAGCUGUCUUUGUGCAGAGUGUUUUGAAGCAGGAAAUCACGAAGGUCAUGACUACAAACGAUACGACAGUUCGGGUGGCGGCUGCUGCGACUGUGGAGACCCCGAAUCAUGGUGCCGGGAAGGCUGGUGCAAGAAGCACCAGGAGGCGAACGAUCGAAACCGAGCCUCUGACGUCCUCCGCUGCUGCUGUCUGCUUCUGUUGACAGUGUUUGACACCAUCAAAUACCCGUACAAACAGACCUUCUUCGAAGAACUGAUCAAGUUCAUGAAGCAGUGGGCCGAUCUGAACCAAUCGACUCUGCGUGUGAUGUGCAACAUCAUGCAGGAGUCGUACGCUCUCUCCGACCUCAUUGCGAAGCUGGAGAAGCUGCACUACAAACUGCCUUCGUUCAUUCUGGAAGAUCCGAAAUACCAAACCACCAGCGUCAUGCCGAUUCUCAUCCGCGAGAUCGUUUUAUCCUGCGAUCCCAGCAGCUUCACUUACUUCAUCAUGGUCCUUCUCUUCGAUUCUGCGUUCAAGGAAUGGAUCGUCGUGGUGUACAUGGACGAACUGCCUUCUCUUCUCUACGACACCUACAACGUCAUGUCCGGCAAUUCCUCGCAAGAGUUUGUGAGGCACGACCAGCAAGUUGCUUCGCGGAGAGAUAGUGACCACUCCAAUCAAGAGCAGAUCGCCUAUCGCUUCGCCAUCGAGUAUCUCCAGAACCAAAUCGCGCGAACCAUUCAGCAAGAGAACGGAGAGGAAGUGGAUCCUCACUCGAUCGGUCGCUUCGUUCCCCUUCCCUCACGAUUAGUCCUGGACGAAAACGACCCCGCGGUUCGCGAUCAGAUCCUCUCCACCACGCGGAGCUUUCUAACGGAGCUCGAGCGGCUGUUCGCGCAGACCGAAGAAACCGAGCACAUCGAUCCCGAUCGGUUUGCAUGCAUCGGCUACGAUCAGUUCGUCUCGUCGAUUCACUGCCAGUUCUUCCACACCGAAAGCUCGCUGUAUCAUCACGAGCGCUUCGCCGAGUUCUACAAGAAAUGCCUUCGGCUGUCAUCGAAGCUGUUCAGCAACAUCUUCGAACUCUAUUCGCGCGAGAAGUUUAUGAUAACGCUGCCCCAGCCGUUCAGCACGCUUCUCUACCAGACACUCACCUGCAUUUACACCAUUUCGCAGGACGCGGAUAAGUACAAUAACGUGCUGUUCGAUACCGAAGACGGCGUGCUGGUGCCUUGCGACGAGCUCGUCGAGUUCAUCGUGACGCUUCAGUGCGCGGGUUUGGUGCCUUGGAAGCGCGAUCGAUACGAGAAAACCCCGCACAAUCUGAUCAGCUACAUCCAUCUCCCCAACUCGUUUUUGUUCAGCAUUUACCGGUUUUUGGAGCUCGUGAUCCCUUCGUACACGCAAGAGCAAGCGGAGCUCUUCGUGAAGAAGAGCAUGGAUCGCGUGCUGCAGAAGUACGCAGAGGACGGAACCUACUGCAGCGAUGCGAUCGCCACCUGCGCGCACGAGCUCUCCGCGAACAUUUACGACUACUACGGAGGUCUGUUCAUCUACCACUGCGUGGAUCAGUACAUUCUGGACUGUCUGAACUUGCUGAUGAAGUACUUCCCGUCGCAGCAGUUCGCUGCGAAACUGACGGCCGAUGAGAAGAAACUGCUGGAGGCGAUCACGAGCAACGGCGUGCGAAUGCUGAGCGCUCAUUUCUAUGUGUUCAGUCUGGGAUCGAUUCGUUUCCAGCAGAGCCAUCGCACUUUGAUCUUUUUGAACGAGUGCUUUAACAACCAGCCGUCCAUCGUGCAGCGAUCGAUCUUCGCGAUCCAAGUCGCGCUGCAGAUGCUUCCAGUGGAUUCGGUUUUGCUGGACGUGGCUCAUUCCGUGCUUUUCCAAGUGGAUAUUGGGCUCGAAAAGAAGGAAGAGUCGGCUGUCGGUGUUCAUCUAAUGGCGAGCUAUUUGGUGGUUCUUUUGCUGGCGGUGGUGUAUGAUCGCGAGUACAUUAACCACGACUACCGAGUUUGUGUUGAGUGCGAGAGAAUGACGGGUAGGCAACGAUCAAAAACGCGAUGCGGUUGGUGA